AUGGCCGCCAAUUUCUUCUCCGGUACCCAAAUUCGUUUGGAAGAUGGCCGAAUGGUUGAUGCCGGAGAACAUGUUCGUGGCAAGAUUGUAGUUCUGUAUUUCUCUGCGAGUUGGUGUGCUCCAUGCCGAAAAUUCACACCAAUUAUGAAAGAACUCUACAAUCAAAUCAAUCAAACAAAUCAACCAAUCGAGAUUAUUCUUUUAUCUCGUGAUUAUAUGCGUUUUCAACUCGAAGAAUAUCUUGAAAAACACGGUGUUACUUGGGCAGUUUGUCCACUUCGAGAUCCACUUAUUGAAAAAUGUAUGGAUACUUAUGGAGUUGAGAAUUUGCCAGAUUGUCGUGUUGUUAAUGAAUGGGGCGAAAGUAUUGAUAAUGAGGGGCGCAAAAAUGUGAUGGUUAGUUAGUCAGAAUUGAAUUUUGUCAAAGAUUAGUAUUUGCUUGUUUUUCUAAUCCGAUAUUGCUCAUUACGACCAAAGUGCAAAGAGACCUCAAAUUUGUUUUGAAAUUUCGUCAAACAAGAAAAUCUCUAAAAAAGAUCUAUUUUUUGGAAUCUCCUAGAAACUUUAGUUACGUGAAAAACAUUAAUGUUCUAUAAAUAUGCUCAUGAAAACUUUACAAAAUAUUUGAUUUCCUGUAACUUGACUCCAAUUUCCAACCCACUCAAACAUUUUAUCAACAAAACUUGUUAUGAAACUGCAAAUAUUCAGAAAAAUUAAAGAAAACGUACUUAGAAUCAGUAUUUUUGUUAAGUUUGAAUAAAAAAAUCUAACACGAAAUAUGAGAACUACAAAACUUAUUGAAAUUCUAAAAUUAUUUGCAACCCUAAUUAAUUUGUUUCCAGAAAUUCACCCACCAAUUCCAUCAACUCUUCACACUUUGGCGCAAUCCAAUGAUCAAGGCCUAA